AUGCAGCCAAAGCGACCAGUGGCUCCACCAUUCAGACCCAUGGCGCCAAGGACGUCACCGAGAGAGGCUGCGGUUACAGCGCCCUCUGUGAGACCCAAUGCUCCGGUGCCGUCACCUGCGGUGCCUGUGAUCCCGAUGACCGGUGCAGCGUCGGCGAGGCCAGCCUUAGUGGUCAUGCCCUCUGUAGUGACCGCACAAAAUGCAGCCGUUGGGACCGCGAGAACACGUGGUCCGUUCGUGCAGAUGCCGGUGAAAGGGGCGGCGAUUCCCGAGGUGGAACCGGUCCCUGGCUGCCCGCCUGGACUCGAGUACCUGACGUGCGUCGACCAGCUACUUGUGCACCAGCAGCUUCAGCUCUUGGAAAUCUUCGUUCCGUACGAGCAGCGGAACAGGUACGUCGUGAAGAACACCAUGUCCCAGUUCGUCUUCACGGCUGUCGAGGAGUGCGACCUGGCCACCCGCUGCUGCUGCGGCAGCAAUCGUCCUUUCGAGAUGUCGCUCAACGACUACCGCGACAUCGAAGUGAUGCGGCUGUUCCGGCCGCUGCGCUGCGAUUCCUGUUGUUGCUUCUGUUGCUUGCAGGAGAUGGAGAUCUGCGCUCCGCCGGGCACCGUCAUCGGUUGGCUGCGCCAGGACUGCACCGUCAUCUUCCCGCUGUUCUCGGUGCUGGACAGCGACAAGAACGUGGUGCUCCAGAUCCAGGGGCCCUUCUGCACGACGGCCCUGGUGUGCAACGACAUCGUCUUCGACGUCACCACCAGGGACGGCAAGACAAAGAUCGGCCAGAUAACGAAGAACUGGUCGGGACUUCUUCGCGAGGCCUUCACCGACAUCGACAACUUCACGCUGGCGUUCCCCAUCGAUCUGGACGUCAAGAUGAAGGCCGUGUUGCUCGGCGCUGUCUUCUUGAUUGACUUCAUGUUCUUCGAGAACGGUGCUGCCGGUCCUAUCAGCGGUUUCGACGCUCCGGGCAAUCUCUAG